AUGGGGUUAGUGUUAUUAGUGGCAAUAAUAUUUAGGGCUACCCAUGCAAAUGCAAAUGCAAAUGCAAAUGCAAAUACGAAAAUCCCGUGCUUAGAAGCGAUAACAAAGAUAAGUCCGUGCGAGGAUUAUCUUGCGGGCAAAGCUAAAGGUGUGACGGCCGCGUGCUGUAACGGUGCUCGUUCGCUAAUCCCUAUUAUUCCGCCCGGUAUUAAGCCGGGAGACUUGUGCCCCUGCUUUAUGAUGGCUAAACCUGGUUUCAAUAUUCUUCCCGAUAGAGCCGACGCUCUUCCCGGUUUAUUUUACACUGAUUUACCGCCGGUGGCCGGAGUGGUGGGGACCGAUAACGGAGCUACAAGUGCUAAGAUUAACUAG